AUGGGCGCCCUCGACGUCCUCCCCGCCCACCUCCCCACCGUCCUUCGCGACUCGCCCCCGCUCUACAAAGCGUCAGCCACCCUUAUCGUAUUCGUCUUGGCGACCUAUCUCUGGCUCUUCCCCAUCGCCAACGCACGCAUCCCCUUCCGCAACCUGCCCGAUCCCGGCCCAGGGCACUGGCUUCUCGGCCACGUCAUGAACGUCUUCCUCGCCCCCACCCCGAACGCUACCAACAUCACUUUCCACAAAGCCCACGGCCCCACCAUCAAGUACCGCACCCAGCUCGGCCGGUUCGAAGUCUCCACCAUCGACCCCACCGCCAUCGCCUACAUCCUCAACCACCCCGACAUCUUUGUCAAGCCCCCAGCGCUGAGGGACUGGCUGUAUUUGAGGAUUGGGAAUGGGCUGGUGACGGCCGAGGGGGAGCAUCAUAAGAAGCAGAGGAAGGCGAUGAUUCCGAGUUUCAGCCCGGCGGCGAUUAGGGAGCUGGCACCAGUCAUGCUUGAUGUCGCGAAUGAGCUCAAAGAUAAACUCGACGGCUUGAUUGCGCACAAGGACGAAUAUACACUCUCGCCCUCGCCUGCCAAGCCCAUCGACGCUGUACCGGGGGGCGCCAAGGUCAAUAUUCUGAGGUACAUCAACAUGUCUACGUUUGACGUUAUCGGUCUCACCGGCUUUGGGCAUUCGUUUGGGUCGUUGUCGGAUAGGAAGAAUGAUCUCACGGCUUCGAUGCAGAGGUUUCUUCAAAACAUGUUUGUGGCGCGUUUGGUAGACUAUCUCUUUGGGCAAUAUCAGUUCCAGCUUCCGACGGAGAAGAAUCGCGUUGUCAACAAGGAAAAGCAAGAGAUUCUCGAGUUUGCUAGGAGGAUCGCCGCAGAGAGGAAGAAGGAGAUCCUGGAACAGUCCUACGGCGAAGGGAUCAACAAAAAGCAGGAUAUCGGCAAGGAUCUGCUCUCUCUUCUGAGCGAGUCUUUUGGUCGAUUGUUGUGCAUCUUGAAUGAGCUGACGGGUUGGACAGUCAAAGCCAAUAUGGCGUCCGAUAUGAAGCCCAACGAGCGUCUGACAGAUGAAGAUGUGGCUGAUCAGAUCUUGACCUUUUUGGUUGCCGGUAGUGAAACGACCGCCACCUCUCUUGCCUUGUAUCUCGAUAUCAUCAGCCAACACAUCGACGUCCAAGAUCGGCUUCGCAAAGAACUCUUGUCUGUCAACGAAGAACGCCCCCCUUUCGAGACGCUCGACAACUUGCCCUAUCUCGAAGCUGUCAUUCGGGAAUGUCUUCGUUUCUUCCCUGCCGCUUCAUUCAUCUACCGCCAUGCUACCGAGGAAGCCACCGUACCCCUUGGCACACCCGUUAUCGGCAAAAAUGGCAAGCUAAUGACUGAGUUCAAGAUGGAUACCGUCAACUUGCUGUUCAUCCCCGUCCGCGCCGUCAACACAUCACCCACCUUGUGGGGUCCCGACGCCGAAUCGUUCAAUCCCUGCCGAUUCCUCGACGACGACCGCACCCCUGGCACUUGCAAAAGCUCCACCAAAGUCCCCGGCGUGUAUGGCAAUCUUAUGACCUUUAUCGGCGGUCCCAGGAACUGCAUCGGCUACAAGUUUGCGUUGCAGCAGAUGAAGAUUCUGUUGUUUGUGCUGUUGAGAAAUUUUGAGUUUAGGCCGCUGAAGAGUGGGCCGGAGAUGGUUUACAAGCCUUCGGCGGUGGUGCAGGCGUUUGUCAAGGGCGAAGAGCACUUGGGGGUGCAGAUUCCGUUGAUGGUCAUCCCCCUCGCCGGCGCUGGUCAUGACAAGGAUGAGUGA